UUUUUCCCGUUUAGGCGUCCGUUGACACCAAAAGCGAUCGAGUCUAGUCGUCGAGCUGGCUUCGAUGAACGUCUUUGUUAUGGUGAUAUUGUCCUUGGCUUUCGCAUUUUCCGGAUACGUCGCCUGCGCUGCGCCCAAGUCAAUCCACGACGAACUCCUGACGACGAGACUCGGUUGGCAACGAGGAAGGCAUCGACGCUAAGUGUUGCUGAUCUCUGGCGCAACAAAGCUUGGUGGCAAAACAUCCUUAUUCCACCGAAGAAAAUGUUGAAUUAUAAUUUGGCGCCCUCACAAUAA